CAGAUACAUCGCAGCGUAUCUGGAACGCAGAAAUUUAUUCGAAUUACUUACGAUAAUUACUGCAAUGCCAGCAUUACUGGAAAAUAGAUUAGCGCCGCAAAAGCUGUGACCAGUUCAAGACCACUUCGUAUAAAACCAAAAAAUUUAAGGUUACAAAAAGUUAUUCGAGAGAACAUUGAACUAAAGCACAGCGCAUGAGAUGUGCUUCAGACGCGUUUUACUUUUCAUUUUCUGCAGUUCACUGCUCACCAACCGCAUCCUGGCAUACGUACCGGAGGAUGUGACCGAAGCGACUGUGGUAGAUUGCUCUGGCGACAAUACACCAGUUUGUGCGACAAACGGUACUGCUUACAUACUCUUUCCCAACAACUGCUUGCUGCAGGUGACCAAUGGCGGCGAAGAGUUUUUUAAGAAAAUACCACUGAAAUAUUGUCAACAAGGAUGCGAUUUGAAUUGCCCGGAAGAUUAUGUGCCUAUAUGUGGAUUAAAUCAUCAAUUCAACAUCAAGCGUACCUUCACCAAUGAAUGCGAACUGAAACGUGAAGCUUGUCUGACAGGCGCAGAUUGGUCUAAAUUUAAAAAUGGUGUGUGCCCCUCUAAGAAAGCAUAUUAUAAGCCACGCAAGCCAUUGCUCCAUAAAUCAAUACCGUGCCUCGCUAUUUAUAAUCCAGUUUGCGCCUUAUUCGCUGGUGUGAAGUCGACUUUCAAAAAUGAGUGUGAAGUGAAUGCCGAACAUGUGAAGAGUGGGAAAGAUUGGCAAAUAAUUUCACCAGGUAUUUGUGCUGAAGACAAUGGCCGAUACAAUGAGAAGACUUACUCACACAAGCGCGGCACGCGUAAACGUAAUGCGAUGCCCAAAGACAAAGCUAGGAGUUUCGAUUUUAAUAAUCCCGAAUCUGAAUUUGGAGACGAUGUUGCUUACAUAUAUGCGCCAUCUAUAUUUCAAACACAAUAUUUCGGUGAUGAUGGUCAACAAUAUCCAAUACACAAUUACUAUAACAUGCCCACUCCGAACAAUACGACCAGCUUAGUGGGCAGUAAAUUUCAUGAAGUUGAUUCAUAUGACUUAACUGCUUAUAAACAGGGUGCUGCUAUGUUUGAAACUCUACCCGAAAAGUCAAAUCCAAUGCCCGAAAAUAGACCAAUUAUUCAACACUCCGCACCUGUUCACAACCAAUAUGUCAAUGAAAGACAAACAAAUAAAAAUUUCCGUCCAAAUAUAGGUCAAUAUAUGCCAUAUCAACAUUUAAAUAAUUUACCAUCCAUGGAUUACUUCGAGCAGCUUGAGAAAGCUUUCAACUCCGUGGAUUUCAUACAUAAGAAUGCAAUUACAACGACAACAACAAAGCAUACACCUUUAAGAGCUCCACCGCAACACCCUAUAAACCCUAUGUCAACAAUAAAUGUGGGCACAUGUUCACGUUGUAGUCAAGAACCUGUAAUAACCACAAGUACACCCAUCAUUGAAUCAUUAACUACAGUUAAUACUCCGCGAGCGCCGAUAACAUAUCAGCCAAACCAAUUUGAGAAUCAACUCAGAAGUUCUAAAAUUAUAGAAACCGAUACGGAAAAGAAUUUGGACUUCACAACACAACCAAAUUUUUAUAAAUUCAUCAUUAAGUCCAUUGUAGAACCAACAACAAAAUCAAUAGAGUCUACGAAAUCAGAUUUAAUGACAGGAAGCGAUGAGAAUGAAAGUGCAGUCGAGCAACCAAUUCUGAAGAUGUCUUCAACAUUUGAGAGGCAUAUACCCACGCCAUUUACAACGCAGGCAAGCACUUAUGUCACAAGACAAAUUCAUGACAACCCGAAACGACACCAGACUACAACUCCACUCAACCAAAAGUACUCUAAUCCAUCGAAUCGAACGGAAAUACCAUAUUCAACGACUAAAAGUUCUAUCGCUGCUUCUAAAAGUAGUACUACGAGUACAGGACGUUGUCCAUAUGGCAAUACGAAAAUUUGUGCUACUUUUUGGGGAAGGAAACGUACUUUUGAUAAUUUGUGUGAACUUAGACUUCAGAAUAGUAAACUUAAAGCUCAAGUUUGGACCUUUUUGCAUGAGGGAACCUGCGAGGACUGCAAACGCAAUUGCACAAAAAGUUAUAACCCCAUAUGUGUUACCCGUAACGGCAUUAAUUACACUAUGAUCAAUAGAUGCUAUCUGGAUAUUGCCAUGUGUCAGGAUAAACGCAGUACUUGGAACGUAAUAGCGGAUACCGAAUGUCAAAGCCAAAAGAAAAUAGCUAUUAAGGAUAAGUAUAGUUCACGUCCAUUCGGAUUUAAGUUUACAAGCAGUUACAAAGUUGCCACACCGAGUUAUUCUCGCCUCACGACCACGAGUCGUCCAUUAACAAACAAAGAUCGAGUGCUUUUUAAGUUAGUCCCCAGGCACCAACAAAAUAACCCACCGAAGCAUAUAAUAAAUUUAUAUAGGAGACCCUUUCAUUCGGCACACAGGCAUGAUACAGCUAUACCACGUUCUAGAGUUUCUGUGUAUGGACCCAGGGAGUCAGUGGUUAUGGAGUUAGUGAAAACGAAAGCUGGCAGCACUGAAAGGACAUAUGGUUGAAGCAAAGAAGAAGCAGAGAUAAGCCAAUAGAAUUCAAUUCGGC